AUGGAAUAUGGCCUUGAUCUCACGUCUAAAGAUAAUGAUAAAUACACACCUCUACAUAUUGCAGCCUGGGCAGGACAUGUUGAAGCAGUGAGACACCUGAUCGAUAACUACAGUGUUGAUUUUAAUAAUGAGAAUUCUACGCCAUUGAUGCUAGCUGCAUUAAAUGGUCAUGCGCUUGUUUUGGAUGCAUUAGCCAAACACAGUAGUUGUCAUGUUCGAGGAUACAAUGGUUAUACUCUCCUUCACUAUGCAUGUAAGGGUGGCCGCAUAGAACUGAUAGACAAACUGAUGAAAGAAUAUGGCUCUGAUCUCAAAGAUAGAGAUUAUGAUGGAAACACACCUCUACAUAUUGCAGCCUCAGCAGGUCAUGUUAAAACAGUAAUACACCUGAUCAAUAAACACAAUGUUUAUACUGAUAUCACCAAUAAUAGCAAGAACACUCCAUUGAUGCUAGCUGCACUGAACGAUCAUGACAUUGUUUUGGAUGUGCUACUCAAAGAAUUUAACCAAAGUCGUUAUGUUAGAGGUUAUACUCUCCUUCACUCUGCUUGUGAUUGUGGUCAUAUAAAACUGAUUGAUAAACUAGUGAUGGGAUAUGACCUCGAUCUUGAUGAUAGAAAUAAUGAUGGAAACACACCUCUACACAUUGCAGCCAUUAAAGGACAUGUUGAAACAGUGAGACACUUGAUUAUUCAGCACAAAGUUGAAACCAAUGUCACUAACCAUGUUAACUCUACCCCUUUGUGUUUAGCUGCUCAAGGUGGUCAUGAAGUUGUGAUACAUACCCUGAUUAAAGAGUUUAAUUGCAGUCCACAUGUCAGAGGUUACAAUGGUCAAACUCUACUUCAUUAUGCUUGCCACAAUGGUCACACAAAAACAUUGAACAAUUUAAUAUCAGAUUAUAAAGUGGAUCCAACAAUUAGAGACAACAAUGGGAACACACCACUGCAUAUUUUGUGUCAUACUCUGCAUACCGAUGAAGAAAAGCUGAGAACAAUUCUUUGCAAGUACCAGUACUGGACAGUGUUUCAAGUUAAUAAUGAUGGCAACACUCCUCUUCACACAGCAACUCUUUACGAACAAGCUCAUUGUGCACGCUUACUAUUGCAGAAGUACAAUGCUCCACUUUUUGUGCGAAAUAAAGAUGGGAAGACUGCCCUUGAUGUAGCUAAAGCUCAGAGAAGCCAUGAAAUUGUUACAAUUUUCAAAAAUUAUAAUUCAGAAAUCCAGUCAACCUACCAGCAACUAGACAAACUUGCUAAACAAGAGUUUGGUGGUGAAAAGCACCUCACCAGAAUAUUUGUUGUAGGUCAUCCAGGUGCGGGGAAAUCCACGCUUGUUGAAACUAUCAAAAAAGAAAGUUUGAUCAGCUACUUCAGCACAUCAACUGUUGCCCCUCACACUGCAGGCAUUAUUCCAAGUACUUAUGACAGUAGUGCUUAUGGAAGAAUGAUACUCUAUGAUUUUGCUGGUGAUUCCGAGUACUACUCCUCACACGCUGCAAUUAUGGAGUCAAUCAACACAUCGAAAGGAAGUAAUAUCUAUUUGAUAAUUUGUGAUUUGAGUAAAGGUGAAGAAGCUGCUGUCACUAAAUAUAGCUACUGGCUUUCAUUUCUAUCAUACAAUAUUAAGCAAUUCUCAAACACAAUUAUCUUACCAGUGGGAAGCCAUGCUGAUGUCAUUAACAAAACAUCAGUUGAACAAUCAUUAUCUGUGCUUGACAGUAUAUCACAAAAGUUUUGUAGCAGCUCCGAGAUUGAGGAUUUUCACAUUGAACAAAGUGUUGCUCUCGAUUGCCGUAAACGAGGAGCUGUAGUGAAUGACAUAAAGGAACUCACGAAGAGAUUCUCCAAAUUAAUAUCUCCUAUCGAACUUUCCCCAGAAACAAGCACACUCCUAGGAUUGUUGAAAAAAGACUUUGAACAUGUUCCAGCUUGCAAAUUAAACCUCCUUAUCUCUCACAUAGAAGAGACUGGAAUUCCGCUGCCCCUAAAUUCUUCAUCACUAUACACUCUCAUAAGAGAGUUACAUGAUUUGGGUCUUCUAAUGGUGAUAGAGAGAGAAGGGGACUCCAUUGAGAACCACAUAAUCAUUCUCAAAAUAUCAACAUUCACAUCGGAUGUACACAAUAAACUGUUUUCAGAGUCUGCUCUCACCAAGCACAUUGAUCAACUCAAGUUCAGCGUAGGCAUUAUUCCAGAAUCACUACUGGAGGAAGUACUGCCAGAGUACAUUACAAAAGAAAGUCUACUUAAGCUGCAGUACUGUCAAGAAAUUGAAAACUUGUACGUGGAAGAGGACCACGCUCUUUCUCAACUCACUUCAGAACCUGUACCAACAGACAGUGCCACUAAAGAGAAAUCUCAUUUAUUUUUCCCUGCUCUAUGUAAUCUCAAGCUCGAGGAAAUUCAAUGGCCUAAAUCCGAAGGUGAUAAGAUUACUUUGGGAUGGUAUGCUAAAUGUGAUGGUGACAGAUUUGAUUUCUUCCCAACACGAUUUCUUCAUGUGCUUAUCGUUCACCUCUCUCACAACUUUGCACUAAAACAAAAUCUACCCACAAGACACAAACUCUCAACUACAACUUCGAAUUCUUUGAUUGCUGAGGUAUAUGCUGCCAAUCCUCGCUGUCGUGUUUGGUCGACUGGUCUGCAUUGGCUUAUGAAGAAUGUAGUUGAGGUAUUUGUCGAUAUGCCUAAAGAUGCAGAUAGUAAAGAGUUGAUUGUACUAGUUAGGAGUGACAGCAAAAAUCGAGUCGAAUGCUUGAACACUCUGCAACUAGUUAUUCAGAAGGUAGUCGAAACAAAAGUUGAAUUCUGUGCUAGUAUAGUGCCUACUGUUUACCUUCUUGAUCCGAGCAAUCUCAAGGAUGAACCUUUUACAAAUGCUAGAAAUGCACCUAAGUAUGCUCUAAGUGAUAUUGAAGAGGCAUUAGCAGAAGGCACUGAGCGAGUCAUGGAUAAAGAAGGACAAUGCUUCUCCUCUUCAAUCAAAGAUUGGAUCAGCCCAACAAGUUGGGCCAUUACAUACUGGAAUUGGUUGUUUCCAAUGGAUACCGUCUUGGUUCACUCUCUUUUACAAGAAGUAAAUGGUGCUCAAUGGAAACUGCUAGGAAUGAGUCUUGCGAUCCCCUGGAACAAAUUAGGUGCCAUUGAGAAUGAAGCAUUCUUCCCUGGUGACAUUGCUAAGAAAGAAGAAGUAAUUCGACUAUGGAUGUCUCAAGAACCCACCUGGAUAAUGUUGGUAGACGCUCUCAGUCAAUCUGCAUAUGGAUGGUCACAGAAUUCUACUCAAAUCUCACAAGAGCAUAAUGUGAUUCUACAAGAAAAAAUACUCUGCGAAAGCAAUUCACCCCUCCGUCCUGAUGAGGACUUUCUUCAAUCUUUUGCUGCCAUCAUUGGCUCUCGAUGGCAGAGUCUUGCUUCUCCUCUCUCCCUCACUUCUGAAGACAUUGUGAGCAUCAAGAGAGAGACAAAAGGAGUAAAGCCGACCAGACAAGCACUCGUCAUGCUGCAGAAGUGGGCAGCCAGGGAGACGGCAACUUAUGGUCAGUUGAGAGAGAGACUCCGAACACUCUCAGUGUUUCAUAUCUGAGAAAAGUAUGUAGAUAAUUAUGUCUGUUUACGAUAAUGUAUCACCUUGUUUGUGUCAUGCUUUGCCAUUAAAUUUAAGCACAUUAAUUCACAACUGCACUUUCAAUUUACAUUUUUUCACACUGCACUGCAAUACACUGUGUAUACAGCCUUAAAAUAAGCACUUGUUAGUUUCUUGAUUUUGUCAAUUCUUAUUAGUCAAUUAAUGCUCCCUCAAGUAAUUUUUGUACUGCAGCUAGAGCUUCAACUAGUAUUGUACAAAACUUCUGUAACAGCUCUAAGAUUGACUCUAAUGUCGUAAACGAGGAGCUGUGAAUGACUUAUCGUCCUGUCGGAUUUUCCUCAGAGACAAGCUCUCUUCUGGGAUUGUUGAAAAACACUUUGACUACAUUCCAGCUUAUAAAGUAUGCCUCCUUAUCUCUCACAUAGAAGAUACUGAAAUUCCGCCCACACCCUAAGAGAGUUACUCACAUCAGGUGUACCCAUAAUGAUAA